UACCAGUUCACGAAUGUCCCUUACAGUGUCCCUUAGUUUGGACAUGGUCACGUGAUCAUCACAAACCUCAUUGCCGCGAAAUUACUCGUUUGCGUGUUCACUUGCUAAGGCUAUUGAUCAAUCGUUAUUGCUUAUUUAACUGUUACAUUAGUAAAAUGUUUUGUGAAAAGGCAGUUGAACUUAUUCGAGAACUUCAUCGGAUGGGUGAUGGACAAUUACCAGCUUUUAAUGAGGAUGGCAUCCGACAGGUCCUCGAAGAAAUGAAGGCGUUAUAUGAACAAAACCAAAGUGAUGUAAAUGAGGCGAAAGCUGAGGGCAAAAGUGAACUGAUUCCUACCAUCAAAUUCCGUCACUGUUGCCUGUUGAGGAAUCAACGCUGUGUCGCUGCAUAUCUGUACGAUCGCUUACUUAGGAUACGAGCCCUUAGGUGGGAAUAUGGAAGUGUCCUUCCUACAAAUAUUCGUUUUCACAUGUGCGCAGAAGAGCUGGAAUGGUUCAACCAGUACAAAAAGUCCCUUGCCACCUAUAUGAGAUCAAUUGGUGGAGAAGGUGGGCUGGACAUAACACAGGACAUGAAACCUCCCAAGAGCCUUUAUAUAGAGGUUCGCUGUCUGAAAGACCAUGGUGAGUUUGAAAUAGAUGAUGGCACAGUUAUCCUGCUGAAGAAAAAUAGCCAGCAUUUUCUCCCACGUUGGAAAUGUGAGCAGCUGAUUCGGCAAGGUGUCCUGGAGCAUGUCAUCUCUUGAGGUCACAAUAGAAGAGUGUAUAAGAUAUACAGAAUUACAUGGAAAUAUGUUAAUGUGGGGAAAAAGGUUCUGAAAGCAUGUGUUCAAGGGAAGAGGUUUUACUUGGUAAACAUUUGUACAUUAAUUUAUACAGUGAUGUAGGGCAAUAAUACAUUUACAUCCUACUUAAUAACAAUUACUCUUCAUAGAAUAAUAUCACUGUCUGGGGAAAAAAUAGGAUAAUGUUAACCACCAUCUCAAAUGUUCUUUCCACAAUCUUUUGUGAUUCUACAAGCUUGAAUUGUACAGUAGUGCAUAAAGAUUUCAAAAUGUGCAAGUGUCAAAAUGUAGCACCCGUGUAUCAAAACUAUACAUUAUGAAAUACUGUACUUUUGGUUGCUAUUACAAGUUUAUUAAGAACACUUUCAUAAAUAUCAUUCAUUGUUA